AUGGAUAUGGAUGGGGUUCUGCAAGCCGCGGAUGCCAAGGACUGGGUUUACAAGGGGGAAGGCGCCGCGAAUCUCAUCCUCAGCUACACCGGCUCGUCCCCUUCCAUGCUUGGCAAGGUACUGCGGGUCAAGAAGGUUCUAAAAGACAAGUCGCAGCCGGCACCAAGUUGUUUGGUCUUCUCAAGUCAUGAGAAACUCCUGUGGGGCCAUAUCUCAGAAUUGGUUGAGUCUGUCAAGCAAGAUUGCUUGGCUCAAGCAUAUGCAGUGCAUGUUAUGAGCCAACAUCUGGGUGCCAAUCAUGUUGAUGGUGGGGUUCGUGUACGUGUUUCUAGGGAUUUUCUGGAGCUUGUUGAAAAGAAUGUUCUUAGCAGUCGUCCUGCUUGGAGAGUAAAUGCAAGUUCAAUUGAUAACACUGCGGAUGCUGCUCUUCUAAUACCAGACCACUCGUUAUUUUCUGGUAAUCCUAAGGGUAGCAGCUGCAUAGCUGUAGAGAUAAAGGCCAAAUGUGGGUUUCUGCCAUCAUCAGAAUAUAUAUCAGAAGAUAAUUCUAUCAAGAAACAAGUAACGAGAUAUAAGAUGCAUCAGCACCUCAAAUUUCAUCAGGGUGAGAUAUCGAAGACUAGUGAAUACAAUCCUCUUGAUCUAUUUUCUGAGUCAAAAGAAAGAAUACGCAUGGCCAUCAAGUCAUUUUUCUCAACUCCUCAGAACAACUUCAGGAUUUUUGUCAAUGGAUCCUUAGCUUUUGGUGGCAUGGGAGGUGGUACAGAUAGUGUUCAUCCUGCUGACACUGAUAAGUGUAUUGAAGAUCUCAGCAAGGUUAGUGGCCUAGAACUCCCUGACUUCACUGAGCUCCUGUCAGAGACAAUUUUUAAAUCUGGGGUAUUAGGCAAACUGUUGACCACUCAAAAGCUGGACUAUCAUGACAUUGAAGGGGCAAUUCAUCUGUACUACAACAUAAUUUCUCAGCCUUGUUUGGUCUGCAAAAACCUAACUGAUGUAGAGCUAUUGCGGAAGUACACUCUCUUGCAUUCUCUUCCGUUGGACAAGAGCCUGAAGAUUGUCAGGGACUUCCUCAUUUCUGCUACUGCAAAGGACUGUAGCCUGAUGAUCAGCUUUCGGCCAAGAGAGAAUGGAAGUACAGAUUCUGAGUAUGAUUCAGUGUUUCUUGAAUCAGUGAAGCGAACCUAUGAGUACAAGGCAUAUUUCGUUGAUCUGGAUGUGAAACCUCUGGUUAAGAUGGAACAUUAUUUUAAACUGGAUCAGAAGAUAGUCAAUUUCUACACAAGUAAUGGGGAGGUCUUGCCAUCUCCAAAGAGCAGUAAUACAAAAGACACCUCACCGAUUCAGCUCCAACAAUGA